UGUAUUUUUUAGAGAGAGAAAGAGGAAUAUGGUUUUUUAGAGAGAGAAAGAGAAUGCAGUCCAUUUGAGAAAGGAUGAUAAGUGGGCCUGUGCUCCCAAGAAAAACACCUAGUUGGAGUCCACCCCAAACUCCUCGACUACUUGAGCAACUACUUCUCUCUCUACUUUCUCUCUCAUACUUGGGCAACUCCUCCACUUUCUUUCUGCUCCUAGUGAGAGAAACCCAUCUCUCCUCUCAAUACAGUUGAUACAUUUUUGUGGCAUGUGGGUUUGGAGGUCUUUCAAUGGCGGGCAUCAACAUGAAGGUGUUGGGUUUUGGUUUGAGAGAAGCAGUGGACAUGGUUUUGGGUACGUACCCAAAAAGAUUCCUCAAGAGAAAAGAUAGUAAUGCAAGUGAAAAAGAACGAGCACUAGAGGAGCUACGGGGUUCUUUGUUCAACGAGCUUCGCACUUCGGAAGGCGCUAAGCGUCAGCAACAAAGGUUUUGUGGUCCAUCCGUAGCCAUGACGUUCAACUUUGUGGUUUCAGUUGGCAUUAUCAUGGUUAACAAAUUGGUGCUGAGCAAGGUUGGAUUUAAUUUCCCCAUCUUUCUUACAUUCAUCCAUUAUGUUGUGAGCUGGUUUUUAAUGGCCCUGUUCAACACCUUCUCGCUUCUUCCUUCCUCUCCUUCUAAAUCAGCAUCCUUUUCUUCUUUGCUUUCCCUGGGUAUCGUUAUGAGUUUCUCCACUAGCCUUGCUAAUAUCAGCUUAAAGCACAAUAGUGUUGGUUUCUAUCAGAUGGCCAAGAUUGCUGUGACCCCCACCAUUGUACUAGCCGAAUUCCUGUUCUUCAGGAAAAGUGUUUCUUUCCACAAGGUGUUGGCACUGACUAUGGUAUCAAUAGGUGUAGCAGUUGCAACUGUUACAGAUUUGCAAUUCAACUUCUUUGGUGCUUGUGUAGCAAUAGCAUGGAUAAUCCCUAGUGCUGUAAAUAAAAUUCUUUGGUCCAAAUUGCAACAACAGGACAACUGGACAGCUCUCGCGUUGAUGUGGAAGACGACACCAAUAACCUUGUUGUUCUUGUUGAUCUUGAUACCAUGGCUAGACCCCCCUGGUGCCUUAUCUUUCAAUUGGAACUUCAAUAACACGCUGGCCAUCUUUGUAUCGGCCCUUCUUGGGUUUCUUCUCCAGUGGUCUGGUGCUUUGGCUCUUGGUGCAACAUCUGCAACUGCUCAUGUUGUGUUGGGGCAGUUCAAAACAUGUGUGAUUCUUCUUGGAGGUUCUCUUCUCUUCCAUUCAGAUCCGGGUGCCUUGAGUCUUUGUGGUGUGGUGGUGGCUCUCUGUGGAAUGAGUGUCUACACUUCUCUAAACUUGAAGAAAGCUCCAGAGUCUACAGGAAAGCAAACCUUGAGGCAAAUUUCUGUGCUUUCGAAGCCAAAAAGUAAUGGAGAAAGCGAGAUGAGUGUAGUCUAAAGACUAAACAAUACUUGGAUUUUAAGUUAAUUCUACAGUUUAGAGACUAACCCAUUCCUUCACGUGGUAAUAAUUUUUGUUUCUUUCUUUUUUCUAAUGAUUAUAAGCUUCCUGAGUAUAAUAAUUAUGUUACAACUUACAAGCAUGGGAAAGAUAGUCUGGCUCAAGGUGAUACACGGAAUCAGACAUCAAUAUGUUUAAAUUUGUUAUCCAUGUAUAUAGUGCAUUAUAUUUUAUGGAAAACUGUCUUCUCUUGUAAUCUUGGUUGAUGGUUUCUUUGGGAUUCAACCCAUUUGUAAGAAACUUCUGAUGCCUUUGGUGUCAAGUACAACAUAUGGCUCUUUGUAUCUA